AUGAACUCUUCUGCUCCUUUCAAACAGUUUCUGAAUAACUUUUGGUUUGUGUCCUCUCUCGCCAUAGGGGCCAUCUAUGUCACAAAAACAAUCAUUGAAAAUAAAAGAGAAAAAUCAUUCCAUCCUGAACAUUUUGACAAUGGUGAUAAUAAAGUCUCUGUGCAAGAUAAUAUAGCCAAGAUUAAACCAGGUUUUGCUGAAAGUACAGGUGAAUAUAAAAGAAAAUCUGAAUAUGAAGGUGCUGGGAAUUCAUACAGUUCAAGAAAAGGUGGUGAUAAAUUCUCUGGUAUCUUGGAUUUUGGUGGUGCUCCAAAGACUUGA